UUGCGAGGCUCUUGUGGUGCCAGCCCAGCGACAAGGACGCAGGAACAUUUUGGACACCCAAAAGGAGAGCUCAGAAGUUAGGACGUUUGUGUUAGCCUGAGGCUGUGGUUUUGAGUUUUAUUAUCUUUGGCUUUCGCCUAUAAAACUUGGAAAUGUUUAGCAGGUUUCAUAGGGAAUUUGAUGAAGAUCCGUUCUUUGCUGGAGGUCCUUUCCAGGCACACCAUCAUGUGAUGAGGAGCUUCUCCGACCCUUUUGGAAGAGAUCCUUUUCGGAGUAUCGCGGAUGGAAGAGAUCAUCGUGGGUCCUCCGAUUCCAACAUGGCACCGAGAGAGGAGUGCAGGGCUCCAGAUGGAAGGAGCCCUUUCAGCAUGGUGGAUAGCGUGAUUGCAAACAUGAGGAACACGAUGAGAGACAUGCACAGAAACUUUGAUAACCUUUCUCUGGACUCCAACACACACUCGUUCUCCUCGUCUUCAGUGAUGACGUACUCAAAGGUUGGGGACGAACAUGCAAAGGUUUUCCAGGCUUCAAGUCAAACUCGUAGAGUUCCUGGAGGGAUCAAAGAGACUAGACGGUCACUGAAAGAUUCUGAGAGUGGGGUAGAGAAGAUGGCUAUCGGGCAUCAUAUCCAUGACCGUGCACAUGUCAUCGCACAGUCUCAAAACUGGAAGACUGGAGAUCAGGAGAGGAAUGAAGAAUUUCUCAACUUGGAUGAAACUGAAGCCCAGUCAUUUGAUGAAGAGUGGCAGAGCGGAGUUUCAAAAUUCAAGCCAUCUGUGCCCCUGCCCCACUUGGAGGGACCUAAACAUAGAACUGUGCACCGCGCAGCGAUAGCCAAACCUGAUGAUGCAGCAAGAAGAGAGAAGCAUCUCCCGAAGGCUCCUGAAGAAGUGAAAAAAAUACAUUUGAAAGAACUGAGUGUGAACGGAUCGGGAUUGAAAAACAACCAUGAAUAAAAUACUAAAAUCAGGCAACAUGUUCUGGUGCUUCAUCGUUUAUCCAAGACCAAUCAUACUUGGUUUUAAGUGUUGGUUUGCAUUGUAUAGAGAUCAAUCUUAUAGUUUACUGACUGUUGAAAUGUUCUUUUUUCUACCUUCAAAUCAACAGCUAGAACGAUCAUUUUGUUAUUUUGAUAUCGAUUCAUAAGGUAAUGCACUUUACAAAAUAUAUACAGCAUGAUACCUGUGCUGUUUGUUUAAGAUUGAUCUUCCUAGAUACAAAAUAUCUCAAUUUGUUCUCAUAUGGAUCAGUUCAAUAGAUGAUAAUGUGUAAGAUUGUAAUCUUUGAUUUAAUUUUCAAUAAUAUAUCAUUACUGCAUAUUACUGUGUUUUCUUUAACUGGUGUAUGGCUGAUUCCAGUUAUAAAUGUGUUCACUUUAGUAAGUUACAUGAACACUAUCAAGAGUGAGCAUGCUUGAUAUUACUUUCGUCGUACCGAUAGCUGCUUUGAUGCAUUUUUACAGUCUUACUGAAACUUGCAUUCUGUAUGAUCCAAAUUGCAAAAGGAAAUGAGAUAUUCUUUGAGAUAGUACUUUGACAUAGGAAAUAUCUUUGUACACAUUCUUCUACUGAAUAUGCCCCACAAAGUAUGGUUACAGUACUUCCCCCUUUUAAAAAAAAAGCCUCAGUAGGUUUUUUUUUUUUUUUUUUUUUAUAUUACUUGUUCAUUUUCAUACUUUGUUCUUAAUCAGACUGUGUUCUGUGACUUUUUUUUAUUUUUUACAAUUAAUACUGUUGAUAAAUAACUACAAUAGCUGUUACCAGGUUGUUGUUUGAUACAGAAAGAGUAGAACUGUUCACAUUUGAUGUUGUAAACUAUCAUCAGGUUCCAAAAGAACUGACUUAAUGCAACAACAGGAUGUUACUCGUGUAACAUCCUGUUGAAAACCCUCGUGACCUUGCAGGUUUUCCUUCUACCCAUUUACACAAGUAAACAAAUCCUCUAGCAUUGCCAAAAUACUACAGUAACCCAAUGCAGUAAGUACUAAAAGGUGUUCAGACAAUCUGUACUAUAUAACAGAAUUGUUAAUUACACAUGUCAUUGUUUUACGUAAUUCCUAGAACUGGGUAACAGAAAGUACCAAAAAUAUAUAGUUUUCAUCACAUGUGUUUCUGUGAAGCUGUGCCACUGAAAUAACAUGUUUCUACACAGAUUUCCAUACUCAGUUUCUUUCAUGCUCUAUUUUGUUUUCAGUGUGUGGGUUCAUUGUCAGUAAAUGAAGAUGCUGCUGAUGGUAUCGCACUCCACUGAAAGGACUGAUUUUAACGGCACCAAUUUGAACAAAUAAACAUGUGAUCUUUAA